AACCUACAUCAAAAGGAGUUUACACGCCCCGAAACUUGAUUCCUACAAGUAUUGUUGAAGUAAUCGCUACAAGAAUCGUACUGGAAAAGGCGAUGACUUAAGCUUAGGUGCAUACUCUAAUACGGUAGAACGCCAUCUCUCUCCCGAGCUCGAUGUUCAAAGUACCGCUUUGGCAUUCGCUGCAUCGAUGAGGUUUGCUGGUUUGUUGCAGCGCUUGAGUGCAUUCACCCACGAGCCCAACAUAAGAUCAGACAGUCCUUCCUAUUCAUCUAUUCGAUCGGAUCGUCGGUGAACCUAUAAGAGUCGGAAUGCUCCCAUUGUUCCUGAAACUGGCAACAUCUCUAUAUAAUUUUCCACAUUCAUACUAUUUUGGUAAUUUCCCAUGUUAGACAGUGUGGUUUUGUUGCUCUAAUCAUUCGGGUGAUCCUGUAAUAAACGAUUAAUGUGUAGUUGUUGACUCGACACCUAGUCCUUAGAAGGGUGAUAGACUAUGGAUGACAUGAAAGAAGGAACCGAACUUGUUGAACAACCGGCUGGCGGCACCGAAGAACUCGGCGGUAAGGAUGCGUUUUUCCAGGCAGCGGAGAACGGUGAUGUGGCAACUCUGAAGGUGCUGUUGGCGAAUCGUAAUGAACUUGGAUUUGACGUCAACGAUCGGAAUGAAUCCGGAUAUACAGCAAUGCAGAUUGCUAUUAUGGAAGGUUAUGUAGUUAUCCUCACUGAAUUAUUACGUAUUGAUGCACACGUUGGUGACGCCCUUUUGCGGGCGGCAGAGACAGAGUUCGAACACGCAGUCAAGUGCAUCCUCGAUUAUGCGACGAAAAAGCCGGAAGAGGACAGGGAUCGCAUCAUUAAUUGCCACUGUGAGGGCAGUGACUUUCAUCCACUCCUAACUCCCAUCAUGAGAGCUGCUCAAAAGAAUAAUUACGCCAUAGUGAAAAGACUUCUCGAUGUCGGUGCUCGUAUCCCUGAGUCCAAGUUCGAUGACGGCGGUGGUUCUGGCGCAGGGACGAUCGACAGCCUUCUUCAGUCGAUUGGUCUGGUUGAAAAGUACAGCGCCCUUGCCACCCCUGCGUAUGUGACUCAGGCCUACAACGACCCCAUCGACAAAGCUUUCCAGCUGGCGAAGACGCUCGAGAAAAUCAGUUACGUCGAGGUGGAACAUAAAUUAGUCUUUCAAGAGAUGGGAAGAAAAAUGGAACAACUCGCCGCCGAUCUCAUUGCAGAGGCAAGGAAUACAGACGAGAUCCUCACUAUAUUGAAAUAUUCUGAGAAGGCUCCAGACAGGGCGAAAAAGAAAACUGCUAGUACCACUGUCCUACCUAAGAUUUCCCGUGCAAUCAAAUAUAAACAAAAAAGGUUCGUUGCAGAGCCCAACUGCCAACAGGCGACAUCAACUCAAUUCCGUCGUCAGUUGGUUGGCAUAGGAGACUGGUCGUCAGUCAUGCAGCUACUUCUCCUUCUGGGAGUUAUAUUAUGUUAUCCUCUCCUGAGCAUAUUGUACAAGGUGGGGGUGAAAGGCAGACUCAGGAAGUUUAUUCGUACACCGUAUGUCAAGUUUAUGAUGCAGCUAGGAUCUGACAUUACUCUACUAGCCAUUAUCACAGCCAAAACCUUCUUUGGUGGGCCUCAAGAUAUCUCAGUCGAAAUAUUUGAAAUCGGUUUACUUGUUGCAUUUGCGUUGGGUAUCGCAUAUAAGACUCUGUCAUACCUGGUUGUGGAUGGACACAAGUUCUUCUUCAACUUCACCCACUACCGCGAUCUCCUGAUCGUCUCUCUCCUCAUGUUCCAGUGUAUACUCGAAGCUCUCCAGGUCUAUGAGAUUCAAAUGGAAGCUGAUAUAAAACCGUUUGUCGAACGGGAGCAGAAUGAAGUGACUGUCCUUUCGAAACCCAUCUUAGCUCUGGUGAGCGUCCUCGCUUUCCUCCGCGUCUUGCCUUACCUGACCGCCAACGACCUCGUUGGCGCGUUCCAGAUCUCGCUCGGAGACAUGAUCGUCAACACCUCCCAUUUCUACGUCAUCCUCGUCGGCGUCUUCGUCGCGUUCUCCAGCGGGAUGACAUUCAUCUAUAGCAACACGGUCCAGGGGUCGCGGGAACUCAGCUGCGAAUUCCGGCGUGGUGAUUGCUCCGAUCUCAAAGUCCAUUUUAACAGCAUUAUUGAUGCAACCAUCACACUCUUUUGGUCAUUGUUUGGUCUUAUUGGCAUUGACAUUCUCAACCUACCAGCCAAUCAACAGGUUCAACAGAUCGCCGGUGUCGUCAUGUAUGUUUUAUUCCAUCUCUUAGCCGUGCUCGUACUGCUCAAUGCACUGAUUGCUGUUAUGAGUAACGUCUAUAACGCUAUCGAGGAAAACGCGGACGUAGAGUGGAAGUACUCGCGCACUGCAUUAUGGAUGUCUUUUAUGGAUGAUAUGUUUACUGUCCCUCCUCCCUUCAAUCUUAUACCGGAUAUGGGAGAUUUCUUUCACCACUGCACCUUGUGUUGUUCCUCCAAGAAUGGCAAUGAUACGGAGAUUCAGCAUACAGAAGACGAUGAACAAGUAUAUCGUUCAGUACAACAUGAUGACUACCAGAGGGUGAUCAAACAAUUGAUGGAACGGUAUGUUGCCAGGAGACUUACCGACGAACAGAGCGCCACAGGUGGAAUAGGACCUAUGGACAUCCGGGACCUUAGGAAUGACGUAGCUGCACUCAGAUUUGAUGUAACAGCCAAGCUAUUGCAAAUGGAAGAAUCCAUCGACAGGGGAAAGGACCAGAGUGUAAUGAUUUAUGGACAGAGUGAAGAGGCACACAAAGUUUUUGAUAAAACAUUGGAGAUUGAUGGGAUGGUUUCCAAAUAUAGAUUCGGCGUCAACGAGAGAUGUAAUUUUGUCAAAAAAUACAAGGAAUUCGUUCCAGCUUUCGGACAACUUGAUCCCCUAAUGGAAGAACUAGUGCGUGCCCUUGAAGCGACAAUCAAGAUUACAGCGACAGCGAGCACGUCGACAAACCCAGUAAAUCCUACAACAUCAACAGGCACAUCGACUGAUGCGACAAAUAUCACAGCGUCCGCAGGCACAUUCACUGACAUCAGACAUUUUACAGCAUAUGCAAGCACCUCAACCGCAUCAAUAAGUUCUACAGCGUCAGUAAGCACGUCAACAGACCUACUAAAGUCUACAGCGUCUGCGAGCACCCAGACCGACUCGGCUCCCUCCCCUGCCCCCAAAUCCAGCUCCAGACUUGUCCCAUCCCUCAUCAGGCACUACGAGACCCCGAAGACAACCAAAGACACGGGGUUAGAUCUGCCACAACCCGGACGUCAUGGAUACGGGAUGAGGCAAUCAAGAAGUACUUCCGGGUUGUCCGAAGCGAGUCGAGCCCCCAUGACACAGGGUGUCGGCUCUCGAUCGGCUUCUUCUUCAAGGUCAAACCUAGAGGGCGGGCUUGAUGACCGAGACGAACCUUUACCACAUAAAUAAUUAUGAACUAUCGAUUUAUUUAUCUUUUCAAAUUUGUUUGCGAUUUUAUUUAAAGUGUAUUUAGUAAGAUGAUUAUGAACUUUUUUGGAAUCUAGGACAAUUUUACUUAAAAUGAAUUUAAGGACAUGUAGGUUUAAGCCCGACACUGAAGAAGUCGGAGUAUAACUCGUUCAUUGUCAUACUUAAUCGCCAUUGGGGUCGGGAUGGACACUAAUUAGAUAUUUGCCCUCGCUCGUUCCAUCAGAACGUCAAAAAAAAUUUGACUAUAUAAUUUUUUUCAAUCAUACAGCGUUUCCUUCAAUUACUGUAAUAAAACACCUCAUUUCAACUACUUUUUCCAGAUAUUUGAUAAUUUGGUCCCAUUUAUUAGCUGAAACCCCGAAAUUCGCACUCAUCACCUCCUCUGUCCAUUACCAAUUUUAACUAACAAAGUUUUGGUAGGUUUUUUUUUACUAUUCUUUUAUGAUAUAUCUUUGUCCUCAUGUUACGGUCACACUAGCAAAUCCUUAUCAAGACCGAUCAAAGGCAUCGUAGGCACGUCGUGGUCUAGUGGUUCUGACUCGCCUUUCAAACAGAGGGUCCUGGGUUCGAAUCCUAGCCA